AUGCCGCUAUCAAUGAUGCAACCACUUUCCAGACCGCCUUCACGUGACCUCACCCCUCCGUCACCCACAAGGAGGCUGUCACGAGAAGUCACAUAUCAACUGGCCGAAUCGGCACGGAGGAAGUCGUCGGAUAAGGUGGUCCGAGAUGACCUUCGACUCAAACUCAGUCACGAUCACCUAUUGGAGUUGUUGCUACAGGAUAUUGCACGCUCUGAAUGGGAGCUACAAACGUCACCAACGGAGGAAAAGUACUUGAUGAUGGACGAGCGGAAGGGAAGCGAGAACCAAAGGCCGGAACAACGGCGGCAGGAAGCAAAAUUCGACGAGUACGGAUUCCCUCUCGACGAUGAGGACGGCGAGGAGGAUCUUGGGGGCCUGUCAUUGAUGAGGACCGAGUCAAGGCGGCCCAUCAGAUGA